UCAAAUUGUGACAUCGUUCUCCUACGUGCAUGCUCAAUUGUGAGGUCACGUGCCCUCCAGUAUAUAAGGCGGGACGCUGAAGCGUAUCCCAGUAGCACCAGGCAGUGUAGGAAGACCAUCACACUGGCCAGGGGCUUCUGGAGUUCCAGUGGCUAGUGGCCCCUGAGUGCCUGAGAAGAGAGAUAGAAGAGGACGAAGAGGAGCCAUGUGUAUCCUGUUGCUCCUGAUUGGUGGUAUUUUGCUCGCCUACGUGUUUCUUUCCUGGAAAGACCGGCUUCAGAGAAACCGUCAAAUGUCAUCAUCAGAUUCAACUGUUUUUGUACUAGUAAGAUCAUCCUCUUCUACUUGGUCAACUAAGCGCAAUACUGUUAACAGUCUUACAAUCAGCAAUCUCUCUCAGGAUACAUUAAUUAAUUUUCCACAAUCAGUCGUCAUCCAGAAACUAAUCCUGGUAAAUCUCGGGAUGACAGAGUACAAGCUUGUUGAAUUGGAACAUUUCCUAGUUACUGAGGAUGUAAAUGGUGCAUUCGUUGACCCUAAUUCCACUGGCAUGUGUAUAGAAUGUUUUGACUAUGAAGUCAAUCAUUAAAGGCACUUUGAGUGGAUUAAUUUGAUUGUGUGUGUUUAUACCAAAUAGUUUAUUUUUAAAAGAGGAGGAGAUGCCAAGUAAGAUACAAAAUCCAGAUAUUUAUCAAUUUGCUUAUUUACAUUUAAAGAAUUGAUUAGAAGUUGCUAAUAUCUAUUUAACUGGGGAAAGAAUGAAAGCACAAUAGAGAAGGAAAAUUAUCUAGUUAAGAUAUAGUGAUUUUAAAUUUCACUUGUGUGAAAAAUGGUUUUCCCUA